GCUCGACGGCGCCCGCCCCCGCAGCGAGCCCCGCCGCCGCCUCCGCCGCCGGCGUCGCCCCCAAGGUCGAGGUGCAGGGCACCGGCGCGCUGCCCGGCCCGUGGCUCGCCUGGGAGGACGUCCCCUUCCCGCCGCGGGUGCGCCAGCCGCUGGUGGCGGCGGGGUUCGCGGCGCCGACCGUCAUCCAGCAGCACGCCUGGCCGAUCCUGUCGCUCGGGCGCGACCUGAUCGGGAUCGCCAAGACGGGGUCUGGCAAGACCUUGGCCUUCUUGCUGCCGGCAUUCGCGAGGCUGCUGGAAACCGGGGCAGACGCGCGCGGCCCGCCCGCCGUGCUCGUCAUGGCGCCGACGCGGGAGCUCGCCUGCCAGAUCCAGAGCGAGGCCCGCGACUUCGGGGCCAUGGCCGGCAUGCGGGCCGCAUGCCUCUACGGCGGGGCGCCGAAGGGGCCCCAGCUGGCGGAGCUGCGGGGGCGGCCGCAGGUCCUGGUGGCCACCCCAGGGCGGUUGAACGACCUGCUCUGCCCGCCGCUGGGCCUGUCGGUGGCCGUGGACGUGAAGAGCAUCGGGUACCUCGUCCUCGACGAGGCGGACAGGAUGCUGGACAUGGGCUUCGAGCCGCAGAUCCGCAAGGUGAUGGCGGAGCUGCCGAAGGAGCGCCAGACGGCCAUGUUCACGGCCACCUGGCCGGCCGCGGUGCGCUGCCUGGCCUCCGAGUUCCUGCGCGACCCCGUGGAGGCCCGAGUUGCCGCGCAGAAGCCACCGGGGGACGCGAUCGGCCCUGCGCGGGCCAUCCGCGUCCUCGAGAAGCUGGCACUGCAGCGGUCCUCGCGCGGCGGCGGGCCUCCGGCGCGCUGUCUGCAGCGGUGGCGCGCUGAGAUCGGCGUGGCGACGAUCCGCGCGCUGGCCGAGACCGCGGCGAGCGCCACCAGGGAGAGGGAGGAUCAGUGA